GGGCCUUGCGGCGGGGAGAGGCGGAGCGUACCAAGUGCCGCCCCCCCCCCCCCCCCCCCGCACAUACACCGGCGGCCGGUGCUGUGCCGGAGCAUGGACGCCGUGCUGCUCGCCAUCGCCGCCACGCUCCUCGGUGUCCUCCUCUUCUUCGCCACCCGUCUCCGCGGUCAAGUGAGGGAAGCUGAUGAGGAACACCAGCGAGAUGUGGCAGCAGCAGCAGCAGCCAGACCACGGCCCCAUGUGGAUGAGAGGGGAGAUGGGAUGCCAAGGCGCCGGAGGAACAUGGCAAACCGGCUGAUAGCCCAGAGGAGAGCACAGCAAGCAGAGGACUGGAGGGAAGAGGAAGAUGAUGCUGAGGAGGUGCCAGAAUUUCAGGUGUCUGGGAAAAUUGGAGCAAAGAAGCAGAGGAAAUUAGAAGAGAAACAAGCCAGAAAAGCACAGAGAGAGGCUGAAGAAGCCGAGCGAGAAGAGCGGAAAAAGCUUGAGUCAAAAAGAGAGGAGGAAAGGCGGAAAGAAGAGGAGAGAAUACGCCUUGAGGAGGAACGACAGGAAGAGGAAAAAAGGAAGGCAAAGGAAGAAGAGGAAAAGAGAGAGUAUGAAGAGUACCUGAAGCUGAAGGAGAGUUUUGUAGUUGAAGAGGAAGGGGUUGAAGAGUCAAUGACAGAAGAACAGUCCCGCAGCUUCCUAAUGGAAUUUCUGGAGUACGUUAAGAAAACAAAGGUCAUCCAGCUGGAGGACUUGGCUUCACAUUUGGGUUUAAGAACACAGGAUGCAAUUAACAGAAUCCAGGACCUGAUGGCAGAUGGCACUCUAACAGGUGUGAUUGAUGACAGAGGAAAGUUCAUCUACAUCACUCCAGAGGAGAUGGCUGCCGUGGCCCAGUACAUCAAACAACGAGGACGAGUCUCCAUCGCAGAGCUGGCCCAAGCAAGCAAUUCCCUCAUCAACCUCCAGCCCGACAGCAGAGCCACUGCUCCAACCCUGGCAUGAAAUCCUGGUGUGAGAAAGUUACAGCAAGUGUUUACCCUUAUGAUGAACAAGCCACGUAAUUAAAACCAAGCAAGAACCUCUCUCGUCCAGUCAUGGUGCUUUGCUGCAAGAGUUGAUGGAAAGGUUUGCUUUUCAUUCUGUUAGAGCUGCUAUAAAAUAGGACAGUCAUUUGUACAACAGAGGCUUGCCAAGAACUAGGGCUAAAACACUGGUUCAUCUGUACCUCAGGAAUAUCAGUAAAUUAUACACAGUUAUCUUGGCAGUCUCAUGUGCCUAUACCCAAACUUCUUAUUGUUUCCACAUUCUGAUGUCUGCACCAGUUAUAUUUGAUUCUGAUUGCAUUCAGAAUCCUCCAGGCUUGCUCUGCACUUACAGCUGCAUAACUUUGUGGCAAUGACACCUACAACCCAGAGUAAUAGGUGUGUAGGGGGGAGGCUUGAUUUUUGUCUUCUGCAUCAACGUUGGAAGGAUAAAGAGAAAAUGCUGUGAGUGUCUUUGUUCUUACUGAAAUGCAUACUGGAUCUCUAGAAGGAGCACUUGCUGUUGUGAGAACUCCCAGAGGUUCUUUCAGAAAGCCUUUGCUGUAUAAAUACAUUUUUGCUUGGUUUAUGUAGUAUAAAAGCUUUGCUCACAACCAAGCUGCGUUAUUUCUCUGUAGCCAAGAGACAGAAACACCUCCAGGGAAGAGCUUAACUCACCUCAUUGCUUGUCCAGGCCACUUCUGCUCAUACCAACCAGCCUCUGAUGAUUCAUCCUUUGAAGUAAGUGGGUCUGAGCCCCCUCCCCAUGGAGUUUGUGUUCUGGAUGUUUGGGUGUUUCUAAAUAGAACUCAGGCCGUAUGAGUCAUGCAAUUAAGGUUACAAAUUAAUGAUUAUUAAUAUAUUAAUUGUAGGGGUCAGUAUAGCUCCUGCAUAAGAAUAUUUAUUUUUUAAUAGCCUAAUUAAUGCCUUGUUAAUUCUCCUUCCUGAAGUCAACAGAAUCGACGUGGUUAUACAGUAAUUGGGGAGGGCACCAGGGGCUUGUUUCGUCUUUGCCAGAUUUAGGGAUAACAUGAGCAGACUGAAAGCUGCAUCAUCACUGAGCUGAGAUAGCAAUAAAACAAUGGAAGGAAGAGCAUUUCCUUUGUAAUCUCUGCACUGCUGCUGCAUGGGGUGCUGUGCAGGAGUGCAGAGUUGUGGUGCAGCACCACAUGUUGAGGUGCAGGAUUGGUACGUUGUUGCUGUGCUGCACAAGAGCCAGCAGAGAGGUGACUUGAGAUUCGAGGUUUGUCAAGCCUUUUUUGUUAUUCAAAAAUGGAUUUUAACCUGAUUUUUUAAUUCUGUCUUAAAACUAUUCUUGUAAUAAAAUAAACAAUAUGGGAAGAGUUGCAGAGA